ACUGACAGCCACUACAAAGGCCACACAGCCCUCCACAUCGCCAUCGAGAAGAGGAACUUAGAUCUUGUGAAGCUCCUGGUGGAGAACGAGGCUGAUGUCCACGCCAAAGCUUCUGGUCAUUUCUUCCAGCACCAGCGCAAAGGGGCCUUCUUUUAUUUCGGUGAACUUCCUCUGUCCUUGGCUGCUUGCACCAACCAGCCAGAGGUCGUCAUGUAUCUCCUGGAUAACCCUCACCAGAACGCCAGACUGAACGAACAGGACUCCAUAGGCAACACUGCCCUCCAUGCGCUGGUGAUGGUGGCCAACAAUACGGAGAAGAACACCGAGCUCGUGGUCAACAUGUACGACAAGAUCCUCAUGAAAGGGGACGAAAUCGACCCUUCCUGCAAGUUGGAAGAGAUUGUCAACCGGAAGCAGCUGACCCCUUUGAAGCUGGCCGUGAAGACUGGGAAAGUCGAGAUCCUCAAGCACAUUCUCCACCGGGAGAUCAAGGAUCCCAAGUUCCAGCACCUUUCACGCAAGUUCACCGAGUGGACUUAUGGUCCCAUCCACAUCUCCCUCUACGAUCUGACCUCCAUCGACACCUGUGAGGAGAACUCAGUGCUGGAGAUCCUGGCCUACAGCAGUAACACUCCAAACCGGUACAAAAUGGUGGUCCUGGAGCCUCUGAACAAGCUACUUCAGCACAAGUGGGAAUCCUUCAUUAGAAAAAGGUUUUUCAUCAGUUUAUUCCUCCAUCUGAUUUACAUGCUGGUCUUCACAGCCACUGGUUACUACAGGCCUCUAAAGGGCGAGAGUUUUUACUUCUGGAGAAGACGCUUCUCGUGGAAAAGUCUUGUAGUGGACAGUUGCUUCGAAAUAUUCCUAUUUGUGCAGGCGUUUGCCAUCCUGACCUCAUCCGUGAUGUACUUUGCAGAUGUGGAACAAUACGUGCUGCCCAUGGUGUUCGCCUUACUUUUGGGCUGGGUGAACACGCUCUACUACACCCGAGGCCUCCAGCAGACGGGAAUCUACAUCGUGAUGAUCCAGAAGGCUAUAAUUUGCAAGGGCUGGUGGCAAAGUUGCUUUUUCGUCAUAAGGAUGAAAGAUUGCUCUCUCGUCAUUCUCACCGGGGACGCUCCCCAUCCCGCCCGCAACGAGUCCCUCCCGCUCAGCGACGACUCUAAAGACCAGGCCGUAUAUUCGGGGCUAUUUCAGGCUGCUCUGGAGCUCUUCAGGUUCACCAUCGGCAUGGGCGACCUGGAGUACAACGAGAAGUUGAAGUACAGUGACAUUGCGAUGCUGUUGGUCCUCCUCUUCGUCAUCCUGACCUACAUCCUCUUGCUCAACAUGCUGAUUGCCCUGAUGAGUGAAACCGUUACCAACGUCUCCGAGUACAGCCAGAGCGUCUGGCAGUUGCAGAGAGCCAUUGCUAUCCUGGAGAUAGAGAGAAACUGGAUGUGGUGCUGGAAGAAGACCCACAGAGCCGGCUGUUUCCUCUCCAUCGGCUCCGAGGAGAAGAAAGACCAACGGUGGUUUUUCCGAGUCGAAGAGGUAAACUGGGAAGACUGGAACGAGAAACUCGAUGCCCUCAGAGAAGACCCCGCAGGAGUCAACCUUCUGGAGAAGGAUUUCUCGCCAGAGUCGAAACUACGGGACUGGCUGGCCCGGGCAAAGUCGCGCUUAUCUUCUGUGGUGGAGGAGAAGGAAGAGGAGGAAGAGCGGGUGUCGUUGCAGGAAUUAAGGCCGUAG